AUGGGGCGUAAGGGGUUACCUGUCUUGUGCGUGGAGUCCCUGUUUACCAAUGUCCCCGUCGAUGAAACAAUAGGCAUCAUUUUGGAAAAGGUCUACAGGAACCCUGACAAGCAACCUCCGAACAUCCCGGAAGAAUCGCAUAAGACACUCCUAGUCAUCUGUACGAAGAGAGCCCCCUUCACCACCCACAGAGGACAGACGUUUCGUCAGAAAGACGGCGUGGCAAUGGGAUCCCCUUUGGACGUCCUCUUUGCCAACUUUUACAUGGGUACCGUUGAAGAGCAGGUUUUUUCGCAGCACCGAUGUCCCCGGACGUAUGCCAGAUACAUCGAUGACAUAUUUGUUCAAGCUGACUCCAAGGAAGAGGUUGAAGCCCUUCGCCAGCAGUUCCUGCGCAACAGCGCCCUUAAUUUCACAAUUGAAUUCAGCAGCGAAGACCGGCUCACCUUCCUCGACGUCCUAAUUACAAAGACUACCCCGAAGACAACCACCACCUUCUACACCAAAUCUACCAACUUGGGACUUAGCUUAAAUGGAGAGAGUGAGAGUCCUGCGAGGUUCAAGACCACCACCGUCAGGGCCUUCGUGAGGAGGGCCUUAACGCACUGUUCAGCGUGGCAGGACACCCACGCAGAACUGGACCGAGCCUCACAAAUGAUGAUUAACAACGGUUACUCCAACAAGCUGAUCAACAGGGAGAUAAGAACAGCUUUAAACAAAUGGUACAUGGAGGACGGAGAGAAUAAAGAGAAUCCCCCCUCCGAGGAUAUAUGUAUUUUCUACAAGUCCUUCAUGCACCACGGAUACAAAGAAGAGGAGAGAUGCCUCAAGAAGAUUUUGGAAGAGAACGUCACCCCCGUGGAGGAAGGGAAGAGGGUCUCUCUUAUAAUCUAUUAA